AUGUCCUCCCACGUAGCACGCAAACCAGUCCGGCUCGUCCUUUUUGACGUUUUUGACACGCUCUGCACUCCCCGAUUACCCGUCCAUGAGCAAUACUACGACGAGGGAAUCAAGGGCGGGAUAUCUCCCGCUCAUAUAUCACCGCUGCGCGUCCGUUCAGCUUUCAAACCAGCUUUCAAGAAAGUCGACGCAUCCUGGCCACUCUACGGCAAAUAUACCACUCCACUCCUCACCCCAGAAGAGUGGUGGGGCAAGAUCAUCUACGAGACAUACCUAGAAGCUGGAGCUCCACCGGCAGAGCUGGAAAAGAAGAUGGACGGUAUCCUGCCAAACCUGCUUGCCCGGUUUGAGAGCGACGUAGGGUACAAAUUGUUCCCUGAGACGAUCGAAAGCUUGCAAGCUCUGAAAGCUAUGGGAGUCAAAACAGGUAUAGUAUCCAACGCCGAUCCUCGAAUUCGCAACAUUUGCACAGCGCUCACAAAUCUUUCAGUCAAAACGCUGAGAUCGUUUGACAUUCUAUCACACAUCACAAAUACCCCUACCCUCUCAUGGGAUGUGGACGCCUCCAAGCCAUCACUGGAGAUAUACCAAAGCGCGUGCAGGAUGGCCGGGGAGGAGCUUGGGGAGGGGGUGAUCAUGGUAGGAGAUGAGCUGAAGGCAGACUACCAAGGCUCGAUCAAUGCCGGACUUGAGGGGCGACUGAUCAGAAGGCCGGGAGAAUGGAGCGACGGGGCUCAGAGGCAAGCUGUAGAAGAUCUUGAGAGUGUCAAUGUCAUUACCUCUCUGACUGAUCUGGUGAAGGAGGUCAAGGAAAGAAACACAGUGUAG